UCACUAUAGUGCUGUCAGAAGUAUGUUGGCAGUGAAAUAUUGGUUGUGCACAUAUUUUUCAUUUGUGGUUAAUUGCAGUAAGUAGGAUACAUUUAUCUUACAAAAAGUGUACACAGCAACAAAAAGUUUGCUUACAAAAAGUGCCAGUUACAAAACAAUAACCAUCAGAAUAACUAGCUGGUUUUAUAGUCAAGUUAUCCAGGAUCAUAUCUCACAAAUAUCUGUUUGCAUCAAAUUUUCACACUUUUGAUUUAAUCAUCCUACAAUUUUAAACAGAAAACAUAGCCUCACAAUCAUAAUAACUAUCACAAAACGGAAUCAUUAAUUAUGAAUUGAUGGAGGGCAAUGAACCUGAAGCCGAGGUAUGCAUCAAAUGUAAAACAGAAUUUCAUAUAGACAGUGGUUACUAUAAAUGUGAUUCAUGUUUUGGGAGCGUUUAUAAGGAUUGUGUCAAUUUAACAUCUUCGGAAGUGCGAUGUAUGCCACUACAGAAGAGGGUUCUUUUGUUGAUUUGUGAUGAAUGCAAGCAAUUAAUAGCAAGAAUGCCCUAUAUGGUGAAAAUGAUGGAGGAAAUUAAAAGAGAAUUAGCAGAUUUGAAAGCAAACUACAGAAAAGACACUUAUGCAAAUGUGCCUAAAAGCCAACAAAAUAUAGGCAAGAAUAAAGAGGAGGUGCAAAGGUUGAUAAAUCCAUGCGAAAUCAAUGUUGGAAUUAGAAAUAUUAAGGAAACUAAGAAAGUAAACAUUGUUCUAAAGUGCGACACAGAACAGGAGCUAGAAAGACUCAAGAAAUCAGCAGAAAGUAAACUAAAAGGAUAUGUGGGUAAUAAGGAGAUAGAGGAGCUUGAAGAAAGUACAAGGAAGCAGAAUACAUGAAUGCAGUUGAAGGGACACUUUAAGAUACAUUAUAUUAGAAGACAUAAAAAUAAAGAUACCUCCACAAUUUAUGCGGAAUAUUCAGGAAACUUAUAUUCUAAAAUAAUGAAAAAUAAAAAAAUUUACAUAGACUGGGAGCGUCUGCCGGCGUAUGAGGAUCUGACUGUAUCUAGGUGUUUCAAGUGUCAGGGCUUUCAACACAAAAGUAACCGG